UGUUUUUUGGCACGUGAACCAAGCGCACGCGACCGACAGGCAGCCCUGAACAGCAAUGGCUCCUGGCACGCGCACAACUUCUCAGGAGAAAAACGACAAACCCAGAUUUAGAAAGCCAGCGGUGGAGAAACUGCGCAGAGAUCGCAUCAACACUGGGAUCGAGCGUUUGAAAGUGCUGCUUAAGGACGACCUGGAUCCCAGAUGCAGGCUGGAAAAAGCGGACGUUUUAGAAAAGGCGGUUGUUUACUUGAAUAACAGCAAGUCGUUGGCACGCGCAUCUCCAGACCGGUUCUUCACUGACGGCUUCACGCGCUGCUUGGAGGAGAGCGCGUGCUUCCUCAACAUGCACAUGAUGAGCGGUCAGGCUCAUGCAAUGCAUCCCAAAGCAUCUGAAAGUAUCAGUGUGAAUUUGCAUGCUCUUAAAGGAAUCCCUGAAUGCACUGGGGCAGUUUGGAGACCUUGGUAAUUCCUAACAAUAACAAAAAAAAAAGACAUUUAUUGAGGCGUGUUCAAGGUGCAUAGAGUACUUCUGUGUUUAUGUAAACAGCAGCUGUUUUAGUGCAUAUACCUUCAUCUGUGUGAAGAUCAUUAUUCUUUACAAAUUGUAAAAUAAAAUAAUAAUAAUAAGUAGAAGAAGAAGAAGUAGGGGGCACGGUG